CAAUCUUCGUUCUCGAGAAGCAAAACAAGCAUCUGCGAAUUGUUUUCAAGUUCCAACAUAGCCAAAUACAUGGUUGAUUUGAACAUCCAGAUUUCUCCACCAUUCGAUCCAUUCUCCGAAUUCGGUGGCACUGGGAACAAAGAGUAUGUUCAUAUCCGGAUCCAGCAACGUAAUGGCAAGAAAAGCUUGACGACGGUUCAAGGCCUGAGACAUGAUCUGAGCUACGAGAAGAUCCUCAAGAGUCUGAAGGACUUUUGCUGCAACGGCAAUGUCGUCAAGGACAAAGAGCUCGGAAAGAUCAUUCAACUCCAAGGCGAUCAACGCAAGAACGUGUCGCAGUUCCUCGUUAAUUCCGGCAUCGUGAAGAAAGACCAGAUCAAGAUUCAUGGCUUUUAAAGAAUUACGAACCCGUUGAACUUUUUAAUAAAAACUAUAGGGCUGUGGUCGUAAAUAAAAUCUUGAACUGGUUCAAUAUUUACUUUCAACAAGUGCAGAUCAAACAUUUCAGUGCAUUCAUGGAUUGAGUUUUCAAGCUCUAGGAAAAACCAGAAUCGAAGCGAAGAUUCUAAAUUAAACACUCUCUUCUCAAAAUCCGUCAUAUAUCAUGCACAAGAUUCACCGAAAC